AUUAGAAAGGUCCCAUUAAAGGUCGUUAUCAGCGAGGAACAACUAAACAUAUACUAUUGUAAAUCAACCCGAAACAAAAUGCGAAUUUGUUGUGACGUCUGCUCUCACUUUAAACUUUAUUAAUUAACGCUUUCAUUAUGACUGAUGAAACUCGAACAUUAAGGUGUAAUAUUAAUUAAGCAAAGAAUAUGAUAACUUUCAUUUCAGUUCGAUUCAAUUCUUGGAGGUGGAUUAAAGCAGUUUCCCGGGCGCAGUCAACCAAACCUAUUCAAGCUCAAAGAAUGUAUCCACAAGAGUUCUCUUUUGAAAACUACGAGUGCAUAGGUUUCGAUUUGGAUCACACCAUAUGCAGAUAUAAGCUGCAGAAUUUGUUCACACUCAUCUAUAAGAGCCUAGCAUCUUACCUUAUUGAGACUUAUGAUUAUCCCAAAGAACUUGCUGAAGUCAGCGAAUCAGAUUUCUCCUUCGCACAGAAAGGCAUCAUUCUGGAUAAAAGAAGAGGGAAUUUCUUGAAAUUAGACUGCCAGUACAGAAUUGUGCAAGCAACCCACGGUACUCGUCUGCUCGCUCAAGAGGAAAUAUAUGCCAUAUAUGGUCCCAACAGGAUCUGGGAAGAAACUAAAGGUAUUCCCCACAAACUAGUCAUGUUAAAUGCCCUUAAUGAGCCUUUCUACGUUUUCAAAGACUACUUCGUGACACCGGGUGCUGCCAUUUGCGCCAAACUUGUCGAUUUUCUUGAUCAAAAUCAUGGUCGCUGUUUGAGUGAGUAUAAUUUCUGGGAUCAGUAUAUUGAAGGAAUCCUCUACUUGUAUGAAAGAGAAAAUUUCAAAGAGAACAAAGGGAAUUAUUUUCCGGAACUUAAAACCCAUCCUGAAUUGUAUUUUCGACCCUGCUCAGAAAAUGUGAAGAACUGGUUGAGCAAUCUACGCCAAAAUAAAGUGACCAUUCUGUUAACUAGUGCCAAUUACGAUGCUGCUCAGUUCGCUGCCGAAUAUUGUCUUGGCAAAGAUUGGAAGAAGUACUUCCACAUUAUUAUCACCUUUGCUCGCAAGCCAGGCUUCUUUUGGAGAGAUAAGCCAUUUUGUAUUGUGUCCAAUGAGGAUGAAAUAGAAGGUGUUAAACCAGAAGAUAUGAAGUCAGGGUUGAUUUACACCCAGGGUAAUUUUAAGAAACUUCUUGAAGUAUGUGUUAAACUAAGCAAAUCGGAGAAUCCGAGAGUGGCCUAUAUUGGCGAUUCUCUAAUGGAAGAUGUCUAUGCCCCUUCAGAACUUACUGAUAAUUGCGAUACAAUCGCCAUUGUUGAUGAAAUGCUGGCAGAAGAAAUGGGUAACGCUUCAGCUUUGCAUGAUGAGAGGCAAUUUUUGUUUUCUAACUUCUGGGGUUCCUUUUUCAGUUACAAAACGAAGAAUGGGAACAAUAACGGAAAUCACAGUUUAUGGACGCAUUUACUGUCUCAACACAGUAAAUUAACAAUCCCUAGCCUGGAUUCUGUUGCUAAAUUUCAGAUAAGUGACAAGAUACCUUGCUUCGGUGUUAAAAACUCUUCAUUUUCUGGAUUUUUUCCCGGUAUACCUGAAUCCCUCUGUUCUGGCUCAAUUGAGAAAGAAAAUAAUUCACAACUUGGCGAAUCGUCAACUCGCGAAAGGAAGAUCUCUCUCCACUCAGGUCUGCCAGGGAUCAUUUGAUAAAGGCUUUUAGUUAGAGUAUAUGGUUAUUACCUAUAUGUGAAAGAUGUAGGGCGUUCCUUUCUCCCUAUCUUUGUCCACUUUUUAGCGUGUUGAGUUUUCUCUCCAAGCAAAAAAAAUAUAUGAUUACGAUCCAAUCAUCGCAAUAAUCCUUAUAAAUAAAAUCAAUGCUUAAUGAUAAUUACUGAAAACUAAAGUAGUUAUUUGUUUUAGUUUUAAGGUAUUGAAUUCAUGUGAUUGGAAGUUUAAAAGUAUAAAUACAGUUUUUUGGGUUCUAAUUUUGAAAUUGUACUAAUAUAAUGAAAAUAAAUUUCGGUGGAAUUCGCUGUAAUUUGCUUCAAUAUAGGGCAAGUCAUGUUCUUUAUACAUUUGAAUUAAAAAGAUGACUUGGACUACUUGAAAAGUUCAGAAACACACAAUUUCAGAGUUAUAACGACUUAGAAACGAUAACUGAUAAUAUUUAAUCGUUAUACCUCAAAAACUUAUUUUUCGUCAGUGCUAUGCUUAAUUAGAAUGGGUGAGUUUUAAAACACGAAGCCGGUGUAGCGCGAUCCGAAAUAUAACUUUCAAAUUGUAAAUAUUCGCUUUUCAUCUUGAAAGACUAAAAUUAUCCACUGCAUAAUUUUCUCGUGAUGCCAUAAUUUUUAAUUUGGAGGAAAUUUUGUUUUCCAAUAUUUAAAGUAAUUCUGCAAGAAAAUACUUCAAACUAUAACAGUGCGAAUUAAAAAAAAAAUAAAGCGCGUAAUAUUAUUUUAUUCAUAAUUUUUAAAAAAUUUAGGAAAAAUUACCGCUGGAAUGGGUUUACCUAAAUUUCACCAAUCAGAUUAUCAAUUACCAAAUGCAUAUUUCAUAUGAAUUUUUAUAUUAAUUUAAAAGUUGCUAUAAAAAUUCCGCGUUGACAUAUAUUUUUCAUUCCAAAAAAAAUUUUCAAAUAUUAUAAUUAACUCUAAAUCGUUUAUUUAUUUUAAAAGAUGAACAUGGGGUAUCUCUACUCUCUGACGUUUGAACCAAUUGUACUUUUCAUACUACAACGAUUUUAACAAUUUGGAGUUAGUUCCACUGGCGGCGUGUCACAGAACUCACCCUAAGAUGUUAUUAAAUUUUUUCGCUCCACAUUAUAAAUUCAAUUUGCCUAAAAUAUAAAGAUUCUCCAUUUAAGUUCACUUAAAUAGCUAUAAGUGCUAUUACUUUUAGCUAAGUAAUGAUAACUUUCGUCAGUUACCUUCUUGUUGACUAGUAAAUAGCUGUAAAUCACGAUCGAUCCAUCUUCAGCUGCGAUUUCGGUAAGCCUACACGUACACAGUGUUUCUCUCGUGGUGGGCAGACUGAAUAGUUAAUCUCUGCUUAUUUCUUUUGCAUAUAGGUAUAUUUAUGUGCCACUAAUGAACCACUCCCUUGUAACUUACCUAUAUUUCAAAGUUUUUAGUUUUAGAAUGGAACUGUUUUUAAAUGUGAAGACUUUUUUUUCGAUAGUGAUGAAUGAGCGAUGAGUGUUUUAAGACUGUGAUAAGUGCUAAAGAUAUAUUAUCUUUCUAUAAGGUUGUUGUCACAAUAUACGGCUGGAAAUGGAGUUCUCUCAUAUAGAGUGUUUGUUUUAGAAAAAAUUUAUAACGUGUUACCUGUGCUCAAACUGCGUCAAAUGCUGUGGAAUAGCAAUAAAAAUCCGAAUAUUUUGAAGUCUGAAAAAGAAGAUAUUGUAUCAAUAUUUUUUUUUCUUUUUGCAUUUAAGCAAUUUUGUUCUUUAAAUACAUUCUUGGGUGAUAAUCACCAUUAUAAGUUAUAGGCUGCUUGUACAAUUAAUAUUCUUGAACUUACAACUCCUACAUAACCAUUUUAUUGUUUUUACACACAAAAUAAAUAGGAGUAUUGAUAAAUUUGUUUUUUUAAAGUUUUUGUUUUAAGAGAAAAAAGGAUGUUUUUUUUUCAUAAAUCCUCAAGUUUUUUUUGUUCAAUUACUGUAUGUAUUUAUUAAUAUUAGGGGCAAACUACUAAAGCGUAUUCAUUUGAAAGGCUUGGGGUGAUAUAGUAAUAAACCACAUUUUUCAAAGGUGAUUUUUUUUUUUUUUACACCAGAAUCUUUUUUAGUAUUGUUUUUCUUGACAGAUAAUUCGUAAGUUUUUGGAAUUUUCCUUUGAUAACAGCACAGUACAUGGAGACUAACUUGGAUCUUCGGGAUAGGACAAAAAUAAUCUUUUAAAUAAUUUUAAAAUGUGGUUUAUUAUCAUUACAUUACUUCAAGACCUUCAUUUUUUUUAAAAAAAAUUGUUUAGCAAAGAUGUAAAUUUACCACUUUCUACUUUUUCUUUGGAAAAAAUGGAAUUAAAAAUAUUCAGUAAUUAAAGUUGAUAAUUUUUUACAUGAGGAUUAAAAAAAUUUGCUUAUUAUUUUACAUUUAUUUAUUCCUGAAAUGUUUUUCCUCAACCUUUAAAAGAGAUUCAAAAACAAUUUGCUCAAUUAAUAAUAACAUAGCUGCCAACUCUACAGGAUUUUGCCAGUUUCUACUGGUUUAAUUAAAAUUCUCCUAAUUUUAGAAAACUCCCUAAAAUUGAGUAAGUUUCCUAAAAAAAUCCCUAUUGAAAUGGAAUUUUUGCGCAGAUUAUUGCUUGCUCAAAUAAAGUGUCACUGAUACAUAAUGAAGUGAGCCUCAUUUAUAACAUUCAGUGAUCUAUUUUUGAUGAAUUAAAUGCCUAUUACUAUUCUAAAUUAUGAAUAAACAUAAUACAUAACAUUUCAAGGUCUUUUAAUGUCAUCCUAACUAGAAAAUAGAUCAUAGCUGGAAAAUAUUGCAGUUUUUCUAUUUUGAUGUCUAUAAAAAUUCCCUAUGUGUAAAGUAUUUAAUAUAUUUUGCAACAAUUAACAUGAAAUUUAUGUUAUUUCAUUAAGUCUGCCGGGUUUCUUCCUAUCUGCAAUGGCAACUGUGAUAAUAAUAUAUAUCGAAAGAUUAUCUCUAAAAUUAUGGAGAUACUUUGCUCUCAAUAUGUCUUAAUUGAAAAAAAAUACUUUUUAAUUAUUUUUUUGGGUUGUUUCAGGGACUAAAAAAUAAUUAUGACUGUUUUUUAAUUAUUCUUUUUCAGUGGUAGUGAACUAAAGCAAAUUUUUUUGAAAAAAGAAAAAAAAAUAUUAUAACUUAAAAUUUUAUAUGACCUUAUAUAUGUCCGUUGAAAUAAUUUGUCUUUAGUGGUGUACAAAAUUCUAAUUUAUUAAAAUAUAAAUAUCACAAGGAAAAAAUAUUUUCUGAAAUUGCAGAGAAUCUGUCGUGGUUGGAGUCCCUGAUUUUUACUAAGAUGUUCUUUCAUAUGUUGGACUGAAUUGUUAAAUAAUUAAUGUGAGGGUACAUUAAUUAUUAAUUGUUAAAUAAUUAUUGUGAAAAUUCAUGAUAUAAUUAAUGUGAGGGUACAGUGUUAGAGACUAUACCAGGUGCUAAAUGAAAGAAGCUUUCAAACUGUGGUAAAAAAAAAAAUAUUUCAUUGCCUUUUAAAAAUUAGGAGUUCGCCAUAUUUUUUGCUACCAUUACAUCGAAUUUGAGUUUUUAUUUCUAUAUACUGCUUUGAAAAUUAUGAUCCUACUGUUAUUGGGAAAGUGAAUUUAAAAAAAUAAUCCCACAUUUCGAUUAGAGUAAAUGGUGUUCUACAUAUGAAUUUUUAUUUUUACAAUUCCUUUAAAAAAAUAAUUGAGCUCUUCGUAGUCUAAAAUUUUUAAUCUUCUUUCUUAAUGUAAAAUAAUCUAAUGCUAUUACAAUUUAAGUGUACUUGGCAGUCUCAGAGAUAUUUAACUUUUAAAAAACAAAUUAGAAAUGAAUUUGUUUUAUUACCAGUUUUUUCUCUUUUUCCAUCACUGUUUUAACAAACAGUCCUGCAUAAAUGUUAAAUGUUUUAUAGUAUAUUGAAAGAAUAAUUUUAGGUAGUUUUAGCACGCUUAAUGUUAAUAUUUUAAAAUAGAGUUAGGUUGUUUUAAAUUUAAAACGGCUUCAUAUGUAAAACGAAUCUUCUAGACCUGAUCUUUUUAAACUUUAAAUCGCGAAUUUGAAUGAGGUAGCGAGGUAUAUUUUAGCAUCUUGCACUUAAACAAAGUGAUACAGUUCAGCCGUUACAAAUUCGGAGGAAGGGCAAGACACAUCUUAAAUAUUGAUAAUUGCUUGUGGAGAUGUUUUCAGUACGAAAAUGCCAUCCUUCGGCGACAUAGAAAACUUAUUAUGUGCUGGCAGUUAAUUUUAUUUAUUUAUUUUUAAUUUUAUUUAUUUAUUUUUAAUUUUAUUUAUUUAUUUUUAAGUUUUCCUAAUUUUAUAUUUUAAAGUCUCGAACAUAGCUCUCAAAUAUUCCUAGAAAUAGCCAUUUUAUUAAUAUUUAACCAUGUGGCUUACAAAUUGGCUGAACUUUACAAGUUACUCACCAAAUCAAUAAAUUAUAAUAAAGCAUCUAUUUUGGGGCUCAUUUAAAAGGGGUUUUCCCCUGCUAUCCAUUAAUAUUGGACUUAGUUCGUAAAGAUCCGAUUAUUGGAACAAAAGUUAUUCAUGUUAAUAAAAAUAAAUUUUCUCCUUGUGCUUUAUACUAAAAAUGUUUUCGUAUCAGAAAAAUCGAUAAUUGUCUCGAUAUUAAAGUUUAAGAAGCCAUGUUCUGGUCUGGGGAAUUUGUAUUGCUACAAUAUUAUUAUAAAUAUUCAUUCUGCAGUUCUUAAAUAAUAAUGAUAUUUUAUUGCAUAACUAGAAGAAUGUUUUUGUAAAAUUGGAAUCUCUUGCUUUUCAAAAUAUGCCUAAAACGGCAAAAGUUAUUUACUAAACACAUUUUCCCACUAAAACCCGUCUUAUUUAAUGAUUUUGCAAAAAAAGAAAAUCAUAAGUUCUAAACACAUUUUUUUUAAACACAAUAUGCUCUAAAACCUAAGCUUUUCAUUUUUUAUCAGAAUGUUAUUUAUUAGUAUACCUGCUCCAACUAAGCGCUUCAAAUAUGAGAUUAGAGUUUAAAGAACAAUUUCAUCUACUGUUAAGAUGUUAAAAUUAUUACAUGUUUUAUUUAUUUCGUAGUAUGUUUACUUUUGAUGAAUCUGUUAAUAAUUGUUAGGGUAUAUGUAGUUAGUAUCUUCAUCCUAAUGUGUUCAUCACUGAGGAACUCCUAAAAAAGUCUUCCAAUAUAUGUAUUUAUUUUUUUACCUGCCUUAUCUACAUGCUUUUGGCAUUUUUAUUUAACUUUGAAAAUGUAUGUAAAUAAAUAGAUUAUUUAUCCUCA